UGCCAAGGGUGGAGAUAAAAAAUUAGUGAGUCAUCUACGAAUGAUAAUUAAAGCUGUGUGCAUAAAUGAGUGAAGAGGGCCUAGGAUGAAGUCUUGGAUACUUACUGACCAGGUUAGAGGAAGAUUAAUCUGCAGAGAAGAUCCAGGAGGAGUGUAGAGAAAGGGAGGAAAGCCAGAAGAAAAGAUGGUAGAACCACAGGAGAGUGACUUGAUUGACCUACCAGAUUAUGAGCGUAUAGAAGAUGAGACUUUUCCUCCUUUCCCACCUCCAGCCUCUCUGGAGAGAGAAGGUGGUGAUGGUGCUGAACCGGAUGAAGAGUCGGGGAGAGGAGCACCUGUGCCUGUACCGCCAAAGAGAACAGUUAAAAGGAACGUACCCAAGCUGGACGCUCAGAGAUUAAUUUCAGAGAGAGGGCUUCCAGCAUUAAGGCAUGUGUUUGAUAAGACAAAAUUUAAAGGUAAAGGUCAUGAGGCUGAAGACUUAAAGACGCUAAUCAGACACAUGGAGCACUGGGCACAUAGGCUGUUCCCUAAGCUGCAAUUUGAAGAUUUUAUUGACAGAGUUGAAUACCUGGGAAAUAAAAAGGAAGUCCAGACCUGUUUAAAACGAAUUCGACUUGAUCUCCCUGUUUUGCAUGAAGAUUUUAUUAGCAAUAAUGAUGAAGUAGGGGAAAAUAAUGACCAUGAUGUAUCUGCUACCGAAUUAGAUCCCUUUCUGACAAACUCAUCUGAAAGUGCAAAGUUUGCUUCUGAGUCAAGUAGGAGCCUAACAGAAGAACAACAAGAGAGAAUUGAGAGAAAUAAACAACUGGCCUUGGAAAGAAGGCAGGCAAAGCUCCUGAGUAAUAGUCAGUCCCUAGGAAACGACUUGUUAAUGAACACACCCAGCGCACAGACAGCAGAAGGGGGUAACCCAGGUGAGGAUCAAGAGGAGGAAGAAUCAGAUGGAUUUAACAGAGACCUAGACAGUCCACAUGUCGAUGCUGCUGCUGAUCCUGUAAAUGAAGAGGAGGAAUUAAAAAUAGAAAAAACACAACUGGACCAAUCCUGUUAAAAUACAGUGGUACUAUGUACAAUAGUCAACUUCAUGCUUCAUCUAGAAACCUUACGGAGGUUGGAUAGGCCCCCAAAUUUAUUAACUUGCUAUCUUCCAAAUUUGAGAUGACUGUAUUUUGUCAACUUUGGGUGAAAAUCCUUAUGUAGUGAAACUUUUACAGAUUUCCUGUUUCAAAUUUCGUAUUAUUUAUAUUUAUACUUACUAACUUUUGUUCUAUUUAUUCUCAGUGUUUAUUUUUAUAUAGAUAUGACUUUGUAAAAAUGAUUAGUAGUAAAUAUGUAGCUUCUGCUGCCAGUGUGCCAUUGAAUGCCCUGUUUUCUAAAUUGGGUGGUGUUUUUAGAUGUAAAUAUAAAAUAAAUAAUGUCCAUUAAAAAAAUAAAAAUUUCACAGACUACCCUUAGAAGCUUUAUAAAAAUUUCUCAUUGCUAUUUAGUUCUGCACUUAAUAUUUUGGUAAAAUGUUUACAGUUGUUAAGUGUUUACAUGUAUUUCGAGGAGUUACUUUAAUACUUAAAGGGUCACAUGAAAAGCUGAUAUAUACCUGGCCCGCAUAGGUGCUAGAGAAGUUCAAAUGUUCCUUGGUACCUUACUGACUACUUAGUUGCAGAGAAACUUGCAAAGUGUCAUGGGGAACAGGAGCACCUAGGGAGGGCUCCCGGGAGACCUUGCAUUGGUAGAGAUGUCAGGGAUUGGUGAAGAACAUGUAUAUUAAUGAUGCAGAAGUGGACAUCUAGGGAAUAAGAAAGAUUUGGGAAUGGUGAAUAUGAGGCUGAAGUGUUGGGGCCACAUGGUGAGAAGACCUAAUCGGAGUUUUUCCUGCCUGAGUUUAUCAACUUGGUGGACAGGUAAUUACAGAUAGGAAGUACUAUGUUGGGAAUCAAGUUUAAAGGUUUGUCUAAUUUUUGGCAGGAGAUUCCCACGAGGGAGAGGGAAAGGCAAAGCUAGUUUUUACAAACUAAGUCAUGGGAAAGUUGCUUUUUGUGGGAAAGACUGGCAGAGAGAUGGUCCAGCAAGGGCAAGGCCAAGGCACCUCUUCAUCUGAGGAAUACUCAGCAAAGUGAGAGGGUAGAAAGGGAGGUUUGAGAGAACAGACCUUACCCUGUGCACCCCACCCCUCCCUGUGCCCUGUCCCCAUCUGGCUCUAGGGACGGGACAGCAGGGGAGAGUUGAGUCAAGUACAAAAUAGGGAGUUUGAAAGUGGACAGGUGGGCAGGACUCAGUCUUCUUAUCUGAAAGUGACUGAGAAGCUAAUCUUGACAGAUGUCAGAGGGGCCUAUGGCCCAAAUGGCCCAGUGUAGCAAUUACUGGAAAAAAUUAAAACUUACUUUGAAAGAACUGAUUGGAGAUAAACUAACCAAAAGUUCUGGGUUUAUUAAUGAGACUGGCAACCUGAUUUGCAGAGCCAUGACUCACUAUGCAUUUGUCUCUGAAAAAUCACGUUCCCUAGUGACCUCAUUGUACUUUAUUUAAUGCAACUUUAAUGAUAAGAAAACAUGCUACACAUAUGUGACAUAUCUACGCAAUCCCAACUGACUAGCGUGUCGAGUGACAGAAAAUUAGACGUUCGUGUUGAAAAGAAGGUAAGACAUUCACAUAGGACAAAGCUUUUUAAUGAAGUAAGAAGAGUACUUCAUAUUCUGUAACUGUUGGAAACGUCCAGGAGAGCCAGGUCUCUUAUCUCCUCUAGGAGUGUGUACAGGCUUCUUCCCUUGGUUUGGCAGUAUUUUUGACGGUCUUCCUCGAUGACGUCCACUGUGACUUCCUGAGCAAGCUGAGCUUCCUCCACAGAUCUCGUUACUUCUUUCACUAAGUCACUCUUCAGCAAGAGGGAACCCUGCUGGCAAAGCCCUGCAUCUGGCACCACGUAUGGUUCGUUGCGUAUUAUUUCAAGCCUGAUUGUAUCCGAAUGGCAACGUGAGGCCUGCACAGAUACCCUCACCUGUCAGAGACGAGAAAGUGCAUGUCACUCAACCGCAUUCUCUGCUCUUACACUGACAGCAACACUUAAUGUAAGUGCAGCCUUACUGUUACGUGGUCGAACAGACAGAACCUAACAGACUCCCCUCCUGUGGUGGUAGAGGUGAUUUUGUCUUGAAAUCGUUGAAGGGAUCCUGGUUUCCAUUCACAGUGGCUGUCUGGGCCGCAUGAGAUUACCAAACCAUCUUUAUUUUUCAGAUAAGCAGCACCUUUAAUCCCAAACCUGAAUCAUUGCCAGAAUAAAAAUCCAGAGAUAAUACAUUCUUAGUAUGCAGAUCUUGUCUACUUACCUAGAAUGCUGAUUUUUCUUCUAGAUUAAAACCAACUUUUCCUCGGAUUUAUAUCCAAAUAUGUAUUUCAUUGAGCAGAUGGAAACAAAAUGUUUUGCUAAGUAAGAAAGUAAAAUUCUAUCCUAAGACUGAUAACAGAUGUACUAGGUUCUAAUCUCCUUUUAUGCUUACAUAAUGAAUUAUAUAUUACAUUAUACACAUAUGGUAACUAUAAAAUAGUUGCUAAAAUAAAUGUUUUAAUACAUUUUAUGUAAUGUACCAUUUAUAUACUGUGUCUAGACUUUUAGGUUAACUAGGAUUUCUCAACAGCUAUUCUGCUAGAAAUGACAUACCUUGGUAUAAAUACAAGUACACCGUUUGUCCUGAUUGAGUAAAUAACCCCAUCAGAUAUGCAGCGCUCCUCAGUUUCCGGGUCUUUGUCUUUAAAAUACAUACACUGGAAGAGCUCAGUAGACUGCUUCUGCGAACGCUGCGCCGCCUGUAAGAAGCACAGCCCCAGAGCACGAUGACAGGUUUCCCUGACACUCCCAGCAGAAACGUGGGAUUCGUCCUCCCCUAGAAACAAUGUCAUUUUUAAAAGGCUCGGUUCUAGAAUACUAUUAAUACAGAUUUUCUUCUCUAUUAUGAAUGAAAUCAGUUUUGUGGGGCCCUUUAUCACUCCCUCAAAAAUGUCUUAGAAAAUUAAUUAUUUAAGAAAACAACCCAUUUGUUAUUUAAAAAUUUUAUAGUUCAUUCAGGAAGAGGGAAGUAUCCAGGUCUAUGUCUUCCCUUUAUUUGCAAGUCUGUCCUACUCAGAUUCUUCAUUUGUGCACCCGCUUCGAUCCAGCAUUUCACUGUUACCAGGAAUUUCUCCAGGCAAAAUGUGAGAGGUCUGCAGAAGUGCACACAAGAGUGGCUGUGAACUAGAUUGCCUGGAACCGUGCUGCCCAGCAGAACUUUCUGCAGUGAUGGAAAUGUUCCAUAUCUGCGUUGCCCCAUAGGUAGCCACUAGCCACGCAUGUCUGCUGGGCAUGUGAAAUGCGGUGAGUGCGACUGAGGAACUGAAUUUUUAAUUUUUAAAAAUUUUAAUUUAAACCAACAUGACUAGAGGCUAUAAUACUGCACAAUAUGAAACUAGAACACUGGAUACAGAAAAUUAUGUAACAUUUAAGUAGUUUCCAAUCUUAUGUAUCACCAAAUGGUCUAGUUUAAGCUGUGCCACAUGUAUAGCCACCAGCAACAGUAUAAAAUAGAAUACAAAGCAGCUUCUAAAUGAUGUAAUGAUACUGACAUGGUAUGCUAUCAAUGUGUUAAGUGAAAAAAGGCAGCUUUCAAAAAGCAGGUGUGAUCUGAUAUUUUUAUAAAUAAAAAGCAUUGUCUUGAA